ACCGGGACGCGGCGUCGUAAAUCUCGUAAAUUCUUUGGAAAUUAAAUCAAUUUUAUAUAUUAAAAAGUUUAAAGUUGUCCUAACACAAAAUGGGUGUCACAAUUUUGCAACCGUAUCCGGUGGAGAACAAAUCUGGCUCUCAAACGAUCGAGUUCCUGGUAAAGCGCGUGCUCGCCCUCGGUGCCGUCCAAGUUGGCCACUUCCUGGUCGAUUGUGAAACGUACUCGUCCGUACCGCAAAUCGGCCCGCCCAAGACGGUUCACAUCCUGCACAACUCGGAGCAGCCGGCGUCGGUGUUUUCCAUUUUGGACUCCGGCGCCAAGCAGAUUCCGCUCGUAACCGAUGGCCUGUUCGACCUGUUGAUGGCGCGCAUUUCUUCGGUUUACACCUCGAAGAAGCAAACCAAGAUCGAAUCGAAGGGGCCACGGUUCGAGUUUGGAGACUUCCUCAUCAAGCUGGGCAGCGUUACGAUGAGCCAGAACUUUAAGGGCGUCCUGGUGGAGGUCGAGUAUCGGCCGUGUCUGGUGGCCGCCAGCUGCUGGGAGCUGAUGCGCGAGUUUCUGCAGGGCUUCCUGGGGUCGAACGUGUCGAACACGAUUCCGGCGUACUUUGCCCAGCGGAUCAACAUGAACACGAACCACACGAAGGCGAACGACAUCUAUCAGCCGAUCGACACGAUUAACCAGUAUUUGGAGCACUUUACCAACUACCGGAAGCAGACGAGCUCGGGGGCGAGGCCGUAGGGGUGAGUUGAUUGCUUUUGCUUACAAUUAUACAAAAAUACAUUCUAAACAUUAAA